CACAUUCAUACAUUCAUACAACAUGGUCACUGUUGUAGUCGCUCAAAAGGCUUCUAGCUUUCCUUAUGCACCUUUGGUGCUUGCUGCUGCUUUGAACAACCCCGCGGUUGUUAAGAUCGAGUACAAGAAUAUCUCUACUCUUGCUGAGCAUAACAACGCUGCUAUUGCCUUGAGCGCCGAUGGAGUCACAUUGACUACUGUCAGCGCCAUCCUCCGUUAUAUCGUCCGCUCACACAAGAACACUCUCUAUGGCACUGAUCCUGCCUCCACCAGCUUGAUUGACGACUUUAUCGACAAGAGUCAGGAUAUUAUCAACACAUCCGAUUUCAAGUCACUCGAUGUGAUCUUUCAGCAAUUGAACCAUCAUUUGACUCUUCGCAGUUACUUUGUUGGGUACAAGGUUUCUGUGGCUGAUAUUGCUAUUUGGGGUGCUCUGAAGGCCAACGCCAUUUUCGCUCGUCAACUCAAGACAGGAAAGGAUCUGGGUGUGUAUCUGGCUCGUUGGUUUAACCAUAUCUCUGCUCAAGCCUAUGUGGACGUUGCUUUGAAUGAACUUGCUCAUGCGAACGAGAGCACUAAAGUCGCAAAGGCAGAUCAGGGAUCAUUUGAUAUUAACCUGAUCGAUGCAGAGAUGGGCAAAGUUGUGACCCGUUUCCCACCCGAGCCUUCUGGUUACCUUCACAUUGGACAUGCCAAGGCCGCUUUGUUGAACAAGUACUUUGCAGAUCAAUACCAGGGACGACUCAUUGUUCGCUUUGACGACACAAACCCUACGAAAGAGAAGCUUGAGUACGAGCAUUCUAUCAAGGAAGAUUUACUCUUGAUUGGUAUUGAUUCUUCAGUGGUUUCCUACACAUCCGAUUACUUUGAUCAAAUCUACCAGUAUGCUCUUCAAUUGAUCAAGGAUGGAAAGGCUUAUUGCGAUGAUACGAGUCAGGAGCAGAUGCGUGCAGAGCGUAUGGACGGUAUUGCAUCCAAGUGUCGUGAUCUCUCUGUGGAAGAGAACUUGCGUCGGUUCGAUGAGAUGAAGAACGCGACUGAGUUUGGAUUGUCAUGCUGUCUUCGUGCAAAGAUCUCGGUUGAUAACCCUAACAAGGCCCUUCGUGAUCCUGUCAUCUACCGCUGCAAUCUCACCCCUCAUGCUCGUACUGGUGACAAGUGGAAAAUGUAUCCUCUUUAUGAUCUUGCAUGCCCUAUUGUCGACUCUCUCGAGGGUGUUACACAUGCUCUCCGUACAGAUGAGUAUCACGACCGCAACCCACAAUACCAAUGGUUCCUCGAUAACCUCGGUCUCCGUCAGGUUCACAUUUGGGAGUACAGUCGUCUCAACUUUGUCUACACACUGUUGUCGAAGCGCAAGUUGACCUGGUUUGUAGAUCAAGGACGUGUCUAUGGUUGGGAUGAUCCUCGUUUCCCUACGGUCCGAGGUAUCCGUCGUCGUGGUUUGACCAUGGAAGCUCUCAAGACCUACAUUUUGAUGCAAGGAGCCUCUACCAACUAUAUUACACUAGAGUGGGAUAAGCUCUGGGCCGUGAAUCGUAAACAGAUUGACCCGAUUGCUCCUCGUCACACUGCCAUUGAGAGUCUGAACAAGGUUAAGGUAUCAGUGGCAGGAGCGGAUCCUUACAACUUUAAGGAGGUGCCUCGUCACAAGAAGAAUGAGGCUUUGGGUAACAAGAGAACUGCCUAUGGUCCCACCAUCUGGCUGGAUCAGGCGGAUGCCAAGGGACUGGAGAUCAAUGAGGAGAUCACGUUGAUGGACUGGGGCAAUGCUUUCAUUCGAAGCGUUGAGAAGAACUCUGAGGGUGUCGUCACAGCCGUUCAACUUGAGCUUCACUUGGAGGGAGACUUUAAGAAGACCAAGAAGAAGUUGACCUGGUUGGCUGAUGGUCCAGAGUUGGUCAAGGUUGAGUUGAUGGAUUACGAUUACUUGAUCACAAAGAAGAAGAUUGAGGAAGAGGAUAACCUGAUGGAUUUCCUUACACCCGUCACUGAGUUCAAGACAGAGGCCAUUGCAGAUGGUAAUGUAGCAGAGUUGAACAAGGGAGACAUUAUUCAGUUUGAGCGCAAAGGCUUUUAUAUUGUGGACUCGGUUGCAGAGGGUGACAAGCCUGCACGUUUGAUCUUGAUCCCCGAUGGUAAGGUCGCGUCCAUGGCGUCGAAGGCCGCACCCGUCUCUCAGACAGCGAGUAAGGACUCGAAGAAGAAGUAGUUGUAGGAAGGAAUAAAAAUAAUAACGAACCGAAGACCGUGGCUUCGUCACAGUCGGCUCUUAUCUCGUCAGAGAAUUUAUUGCUUUGCUUCGUGAGGACAAAAUAAAAAGAAAUUGGG